UAUCUCGGCGGAAAAGGAUCCGGUAGUUUUGUGGUACAAGUCGGUUAUAUGGGAUCCAGUCCGGAAAAAUGUUGCUGCCAAUCUCCCCGCUCGGCACCCUCGUCUGCGAUGUACAACCCCCAACGACAACAACCGCAUCCGCCCUACGACCCUAUGACUCAGCAGCCAUCGUCGCCUCAAAAUCAGAAUCAACCCUGUCACAGUUUUACCCCGUACAACCCCCCCUGCCCGAGCAGAUUGUACCCGGAGCCUAAGAAAAGCACGUUUGGAUCGACAAUUUUUACCGGGCUUAUCAUCCUCUCGAUUUGCGCCUUCCUGUACUACUACUACUACACGUACGUCCUGCCAAGGACAGGGUUUCGAAACCUGACUCGAUCUCCCUUUUACGAAGGCCACAACCCGACGAGUUUUCACUUGACCAGAUCAACUGUGGGACAUGCGUCGGCGGAUGAGAUUGGCCAGUCUGAGGACCCUGACGAUGUUCACGAAAAUGACUCCGCCGAGUACGUUGCACUGCAAUCGUCCGGAAGGAGCAGGCAACCUUCGUUGCACGGAAUUCGAAGAGAUGUAAAGCCUGGCCAAUCGACGGAACCUCACCAUCGUUGCACGCGGGUUUCUAUCGAUUCUUCGUCAAGGAGGCAAGACUCUUCCGACAACCUGUCUGGUCACGGAGGCAGGAGCAAGUCCUGUCUGGAUGGCGUGCCCCGUUCGAAGACUAGAAACGCCGGAAUCUAACCGAUUCCUCGUGCAGACGAUGCUUAUACCUUCCAGUCUCACUUGUUAGAUCUCCGGCGAGUCUUCCAGCGAUAAAGUACGUUCGUAACUUCAUAGGCGUGAUGAUCAUUAUACCGAGCUUCGUGGUUCCUGAGACUUGCCGUGAUUUACACACUGCGAGAUCUCGGCGAUCGUUAGAGUGAUUUGAUCUGUGAUAUUUGAGUACAAAGUAAGGGAGGGAUUUUCAUUGGAAGCGAUGGGACUAAGCUACUUGCUGUGACAAAAGAUUAGAGUCAUUACAUAUUUCUUUGUGUAAAUAUG